AUGUCGAAAAAUGAAGACGCCUACAUGGGCCAAGACCUUGGCCAGAUCCUCAAAUGGCUCGAGGGACAGAAGCUCAAGGCUCCCGCCAUGAAAGAAGCGAGCCCAUUUCAUCGCAAUCUAGAGGUGGCUUUAGAUCAACGUCGGGCUGAUCACAGUCUCUUGACAUUGCACAGAUUUGAGCAUAAAGUCGACUUUUCGUCCAACGACUUUCUGUCUCUGGCCACUUCGGGAUUACUACGAGAUGCCUUUCUAGAGGAGCUGAGGACCAAUCCAAAUUUCGCUGUGGGAAGCACAGCAUCGCGAAUCGCAGAUGGAAAUAACGCCUAUAUGGAGGCUGUAGAGAAACACAUCGCCGACUUUCACGGUGCUGAAGGUGCCCUCCUAGUGGGUUCUGGGUAUGACGGCAACUGUGCCAUAUUCUCAGCAGUGCCACGUCCAGGCGAUGUCAUUGUAUAUGAUGAGCUCAUCCAUGCAAGCGCCCACGAUGGCAUGAAGUCCAGUAUGGCAGCUACUCAGCUCCCCUUCAAGCAUAAUAAUGCUGAGGCUCUGCGAGAGGUUCUUGUAGAGCUCAAAACGAACCAAUCGCUCAUCCGCGACGGGUCACGAUGUGUCCUAGUGGCGGUAGAGUCAGUUUACAGUAUGGAUGGAGACGUCACACCCCUCGCAGAUAUCGUCUCAGUUGUCGAAGAGAUCUUCCCCGCUGGUAAUGGACAGAUCAUAAUCGAUGAGGCCCAUAGCACAGGCUUGCUUGGAAAGAAUGGACGCGGCCUAGUUUGCGAGCUGGGGUUAGAGAAGAAAGUUGCUAUACGCUUACACACAUAUGGCAAAGGAUUGGGAACUACCGGAGGUAGGUGUACUACCAUGGUCAUGCGACUUGGAGCGAUAAUCUUGGGAGUGUUUUCGUGGCUAACUCUGUCUGACAUCAUAGCGGCCAUCCUGGCCAGCCCUAGCGUGCUCGAUACGCUGCUCAACUUCGCUCGGCCUAUUAUAUUUACUACAGCGCCCUCAUUCCCCAUGAUCGCAGCCAUACAAGCAGGGUAUAAGCUGAUGGAAAGUGGGCGGACUCAGCAGGAGAGUGACAUUUGGCAAGACGCUGUGGAUUCUGGCAUCUGCAGCAUCCCCGUCAGUGAGGAUGUUGAAUCCAGAUCCUUUGUCACGCAAUUUCUCCCCGUUUGGACCCGACAGGGCCAGAACUACUUUCUCACAAUGCAUCUGCACAGAGAUGGAUUUAAUGCGACACCGAUUGAUCCUCCUGUCGUUCCGAGAGGCACAGGUCGAGUCAGACUCAUAAUUCACGCAGGCAAUACGGAUGAGGAAGUAGAGGGGCUCGCAUCAUCUGUCAUCGAUUGGGCGCAAGAGAUGCUCGAUAUUCAGCAUGGUGAGACGGGCGGCAAAGAAGUGCCGAGCGCCAUGAAGGAGGUGUACAAGCUGGCUGCAGUGGCCAAUGUCAAGGAGCUGGACCCCUCCAGAAUGGCUGUGAACUCGUUUGAGUAG